CUGGUGUCAUAGGUGUUGUGUAUUCUGCGGCGGUUGAAGAAGUUGUGUUAAGGACAAUUUUUGGCGUCUUUCGACGGGAACGGAGAGGCCAUCACUAUAGAGGCCGACACAACUACCUCUUAAACAUUAGACUUUAGGAAUGGGAACUUUACAAUUAAUUGAAGUUGAAAAUUUCAAGUCGUGGCGGGGCCGACAAUUGAUCGGGCCCUUCAUGCGGUUUAACUGCAUCAUCGGACCAAAUGGAUCAGAAGGUAACAAGCAAGGCAAAUCCAAUGUAAUGGAUGCAAUCAGUUUUGUGAUGGGUGAGAGAACUGCCAACCUCAGAGUGAAGCACAUCAAAGAUCUGAUUCACGGUGCUCAUAUAGGGCAUCCUGUGUCAUCUACUGCAAGGGUCACCAUGCUGUAUCAAAGGGAAAAUGAAGAGGAGCUAUCGUUUACUAGAACCAUUAUUGGGAACUCUUCAGAGUUUCGCUUCAACAAUCAAACGAUUAGUCGUGCGGAAUACACAAAUGAGCUUGAGAAAAUUGGCAUUUUACUGAAAGGCAGAAACUGUCUGGUGUUUCAGGGCACUGUGGAGAACAUAGCAAUGAAAAAACCUAAAGAGAGAACACAGUUGUUUGAACAAGUUAGCAACUCAGGAGAACUGUCUAAUGAAUAUGACAAAAAGAAGAAAGAAAUGAUGAACGCAGAAGAAGAAGCUCGUUUCAACUACAACAAAAAGAAAAAUGUGGCAGUUGAGCGUAGACAUGCAAAGCAUGAGAAGGAAGAGGCAGAUCGUUACCAAAUGUUGAUAGAGGAGCUAAAAGCAAGCAAGAUUCAGUUGCACCUGUUCCUUUUAUAUUAUAAUGAGAAGUUUAUAGAAAACAUUAGCGAUGAUCUACAAGCCAGCAAUAAAGCUGUAAGUAGUCAGAAAGCAAGACAGGUUGCAGCAGAAGAAGAAGUGAGAACAAAGAAAAAAGAGUUGGGCAAACUUAACAGAGAACUGCAGCAAAUUGAGAAGGAGAUAAAAGUUCAUGACUUUAAUCUGAAUGAGAAACGACCCAGCUAUAUCAAAGCCAAGGAGAACACAAGACACUAUGUGAAGAAGGUGGAAGUAGCUAGGAAGUCUUUGAAAAGCUGUGAGAAACAAUACAGUAAUCAUCAGCAGGUGGUGAAAGAACUGGAGUUUGAGCUGGAAGGUGUGAAUAAAGUAUGUUUGGCUUUUGAGGAAGAAGCAGUAGCAGAAAUCAGCCGCAGAGGCCGUAGCAUGGAACUGGAGGAGAGCCAGAUUCAGCAAUAUAAAGAACUGAAGCAAUUGGUGAGAAAACAGGUGUCCUCAGUGGCCCAAACAUUGGAGAAACUGCGACGUGAGCAAAAGGCUGAUCGAGACAAGCUGGAACUGGAUCAAAGAAACUAUAAAGAUUUGCAAAUUCGAAUUAAGCACACAGAACUGGAAAUAGAAGAUUAUAUCAAACGAAUAGAAAAGCUGGAAGAGUAUAUUAAUACCUGCAAGGCUUCACUGACUGAGCAGAAACAGCAUGAAGAAGAAUUGACUAAUGAAAUAGAAAAUGCUAAGCUACGUAUAGUUGAAGUCAGUGAAAAACUAAAUGAAGUGGCUGGUGAGUUGCAGAAUGCAGGGAUUGAUCACCGUGAAGGGCGCAGGCAGCAGAAGAAAGCUGAGAUCCUCGAAAGUUUGAAGCGCCUAUAUCCGGAUUCUGUGUAUGGAAGACUUGUGGAUCUCUGCCAUCCCAUCCACAAGAAGUAUCAGCUGGCUGUCACCAAAGUCUUUGGCAGAUACAUUAAUGCUGUUGUGGUUGCUACUGAGAAAACAGCCAGGGAUUGUAUUCGUUACCUGAAAGAAGAACGUGCUGAGCCAGAGACUUUCUUGGCGCUAGAUUAUCUUGAUAUAAAACCAGUCAGUGAACAGUUGCGAGAAAUUAAAGGAGCAAAAAUGAUGAUUGAUGUUGUUCAGUGUGUAUCACCUCAACUGAAGAAAGUGCUACAGUUUGUUUGUGGCAAUGGACUAGUAUGUGACAACUUGAAAGAAGCCAGGCAGAUUGCGUUUGAAGGAGCAGAGAGGCUUAAAACGGUGGCGUUAGAUGGGACACUCUUCUUAAAAUCUGGUGUCAUUUCUGGAGGUUCCAGUGAUCUAAAGUUCAAAGCCAGAUGCUGGGAUGAGAAGCAGAUCAGUCAAUUGAAAGAAAUGAAAGAGAAACUGACAAAUGAACUACGGGAGUUAAUGAAAGUGAAUCGGAAGGAAGCAGAAUUGAGGCAGUUGCAAGCUCAAGCCAAAGGGACAGAAACUAGAAUGAGGUAUUCCUUCAAUGAUUUGGAGCAAACUAGAAAAAAACAUCUGGCAAACCGCUAUAUGGAAAAAUCAAAACUAGAAAGUGGGCUGGCAAAUCUGCAAUCCGAAAUGACCGUGGUAAGUUUGAAUAUCGAGGAUAGACAGGUGAAAAUGCAGCAGACUCAGAAUCAAAUGAAUGAAGUUGAAGAUAGAGUGUUUGAAGACUUCUGUACCAAGAUUGGUGUGGCAAAUAUUCGGGAGUAUGAGGAUGAGCAUGUGAAGCAGUUAGAAGAAAUAGAUAAGAAAAGAUCAGAGUUUGAGAACCAGAAAACAAGGCUUUCAAUCCAACUUGAAUAUUCAUAUAGCCAAAUUGAAGAAGAUAUUAACAAAAUCCAGAGUUGGAAGGAAACACUUGAGAAAGAUGAAGAAGAAAUAGUGAAGUUAAAGAAGGAGGAGAUGGAGUUAAUGAAAAUUGUAGAUGAAGCCUUGGUGAUACAGCAGGAUCUCAAUAACAGACUAUUAAUUAAAAAGACACACGUCAAGGAUGCACAAAAGGAGCUUGAUGAAGUUAGGAAGAAAUUAUCUAACAUCAGCAGGGAACUAGCAAAACUUCAGAAAGAACACGUAUGUUUGGAAACUUCAAUAGAACAAAAAAGAUUGGAGAGACACAACCUUCUACUUGCCUGCAAAGUCCAAGACGUACAAAUUGAACUUCUCCAAGGCAACUUGGAAGAAAUUGGUGAGGCUUUAAUGGAAGUUGAAAGUACCCAAGCUGCAAGAGGCGUCUUUGAACUGGAAGCUGCAUUUGAAAUAAACUACAGCAGUUUACCAACAGAUCUCAAAGGCCUCACAUCUCUUAAGGACAUUGAGAUGGAGGAGAACAGAUUGAAUAAGCUAUUGGAAGAAAAGGAGACAAUUUUACAAAGAACUGCUGCACCAAAUUUAAGAGCUGUUGAAAAGCUACAAAAUACAUGGGAUAAGUUUCAAGAGUCAUUGUCUGCAUUUGAAACAAGCAGAAAGAAAGCUAGAAUAUGCAGACAGGAUUUUGAAUUUGUCAAAAGAAGAAGAUACGAUUUGUUUAAUCAGUGCUUUGAGCAUGUCUCCGUGAAAAUUGAUCAGAUCUACAAGAUGAUGUGUCAAAAUACCAGUGCUCAGGCAUUUCUCAGUCCAGAGAACUCAGAAGAACCUUACUUGGAUGGUAUUGGUUACAACUGUGUGGCUCCAGGGAAACGAUUCAUGCCUAUGGAUAACUUGUCUGGAGGAGAAAAGUCAGUAGCAGCAUUGGCAUUGCUUUUUGCUAUUCACAGCUACCGGCCUGCCCCUUUCUUUGUGCUGGAUGAAGUCGAUGCUGCUUUGGAUAACACAAAUAUUGGAAAAGUUACAAAUUACAUCAGAGAUCAAUCCAGGAAGAACUUCCAAGUGAUUGUCAUCUCACUGAAAGAGGAAUUUUAUUCAAAAGCCGAUGCAUUAAUUGGAGUAUAUCCAGAGCAAGGAGAAUGCAUGUCCAGUCGACUGUUAACCUUCGACCUUACCAUUUACCCAGAAAAUACUAGAAGGGAAGAGAUACUGCAGCCAAGGCAGGAAGAGUAAUAGACCACAGUCUGGUUGUGUAAAUACUUCAAAACACUACUGUCUCAUCUGAAUUGUUGUUAACCACUUACGUUUUGUGUGUUAUCUAAGAAUCAGCAGAGUGUCUCUUUGUUAGCAAAUCUGUUAACAUGCAUUUGAAAACUUAUUCCAUUCCGUCAAACAAAAAAAUGUUCUGUGGAAAAAUCAUUCAUAAAGCCAUAGGGUUUUUUAGUUGACUAACCAUAAAAAUUAAGUUGGAAUUCAAGAAACAAAGUGCCAUUUAUUGAUCAUACUUUUCCAUAAAACCAACAAUUGCUACCAUUAAAGCCCUGUCUAAUUUAGUGUCAAACAUUUGUAAAACUGAAAGGAAACUUCAAAUGGUCAAUUUUAGAGCAAGCUUGCAUGCACAUCUUCAGAUGCACCUUUUUAGGGGUUGUUUAAAAACAAAAGAUUUGCAAUUGCUAAGAGAACAACUAAAAUUAUUGUUAUACUGCUGGCUAUCUCAGUAACAAUGACAUUGUGAAGAAGUUAAAAAUCAUGAAGCAUCGGACACUCAGGAAUCACAUUUGAUUUUGAAUAUGUAAGUUAGCAAAUUUGAAUGUACCAUAAUUGAAAACAUAAUGGGGACCAAAAUAAAGUUUCCAAGAUGUAUAACAUACCUGUAUUAGGUACUUCACAUUGCAGUCUUCAAGAUAUGGAAAAGGAAGAGGAAAGAUUUACUCAAACAUAAAACAAAACACAUUGCCAGUAGUUUCUUUGGAGAUUUUCAUUCCUCAUGAAAGAUUACCAUUUGUCUAUUUUCCAUACACUAGGAGAUACAAAAUCUUACAAAUCUGUACACAGUGUCCAAUGCUAUACUGGCCAAGUACGCAUCAAAAUCUAGGCAUCUCAGUCAACACCUGGAAUUCCCAAUAGAGUACAAAGGUGCUAAGAUAUCAGAACAGUGUCUUGGUACAAAAGCAGGCCUAAGUUGACAGAUCAAGUUUUAAACACUUAAACUUCAUCUAAGGCAUUGCAAUGCACACAUGGUAAUUUUGCAG